UCCUGUUAUCAGAUAGGUACAUACAUGGAAUCAUCUCAUCUUUAUGCCGUAUUACGGAUUACCUAAUAGGUAUAGGUAUAGUAAAAUACAUAGUACAAUGCCAACUUACCUCGGUAUUUUCCUUGUCGGGUAAAAAGUGGUCCCGGUUUUUCUUUAGCGGCACCUGCAGACGGACAACUAGAGCCGAAUUGGAACAAAAUUCGUUGGGAAUUGCAUCCGUAAGAAGUCCAGCCAAGCCGAGCUCAACACACAGCCCGCCCUCUUUUUUUUCUUUACCCUUCGAAGUGCGCCGCGUAAACGAUUACGGCCUCUACGGACAUGUUGAAGAUAAAUAUAUUCUAGCAUAGGAUCUGAUUUCAUUGGUUACGAGCCAUAGGCCGCGGACACCGAAGUCUCCACUCGGUGCUUAGGUCCCCCCCGUCCCCCUUCCCCUAUCGCAACCAUGUUGGCCGCGCGAGUACGAGCCGGCGCCCUGGUUAAGGGUAGCUGUCAGAGAUUUCCCGUGAACCCGAGUAUAAAUCAGGUCCUGCGUCCGAAUCUACCUUCGUCCGGUCGCUUUGUCAACACACUUCCAACUGCAGACCCGUCGUUAUCACCACCUGCACCCUCGCUUCUGCGUCGCGCCGCUUCCGUCAUAGCACUCGGUCUGAUUUUCACUACUCUCGGCGUCACAAUGACAGCAGCACCGGCAGCCCCUAUCGUCAAGGAGAUCCUCAACCCGCCCACGGACGAGGAGACCCUGACCAUGUUCGAGCCGGAGACGGACCACCAGCGCGAGGUGGAGGAGUUCAUCAACAACCACCCGCUCACCAAGGAGCUGCGGGCCAAGGAGGGGUUCUACGAGUCGCGACCACAUCUCAAGAUCCCCGCCCCUUACCGGGCCUACAACCUUACGGGCGGCACGCUCCUGGGACCGGGCAAGGUCGUCGUGCCGCCGGUGACGUUCGUCGAGGCGGGCGGAAAGUCCCUCGUUUCGAUAUCGUACCUGGGCCACGAACUCUGCGGGCACCCGGGCAUAGUGCACGGCGGGCUCCUCGCGACCAUGCUGGACGAAGGGCUGGCGCGGUGCUGCUUCGCCGCGCUGCCGCACAAAGUGGGCCUAACGGCCAACCUGAACAUCAACUACCGCGCACCGGCGCCGGCGGAUUCGUACGUCGUGCUCCGGGCUACGACGACCAAGGUCGAGGGGCGGAAGGCCUGGGUCGAGGGCCGCAUCGAGACGCUGGUUGGCGAAGGCGAGACCCCGUUGGUUCUUGCCGAGGCGACGGCCUUGUUUGUCUCUCCUAAGAACGCAGCGCUCAUGAUGAACUUGUACCCUACGGCAUAAAAGGGUAAAAUAGAUGAUGACGGUGGUGGUGGUGGCGAUUUAAUGAAUAGACUUGUAGAAUCGGGAUAGACGAGACAUUAACCUGGCACGGAGUUGGGACGAAAGAUGGCAAUGCUUUGGGGUUUAGUUAUUCUUUUCUUUUUUCGAGGUAUUUCUUUGGGCCCUAAUGGAAUCGAAGGCCAAAUCGAAUAGGUAUCCGGACAUUUGCUUGUCUGGGAAUUACAUAUAUUAUACCCUAUGUGUCUAUUCUCCCCACUAUGCAAGAUUAUACAUCCAUGUCGUGUAGUAACUUGCUACAAGUGUGGAAAAGGUAUAAUUGGUUUACCACAAAGCCGUGGAUGGAGAGAUGUUUUGUUUUCGAAGCGAGAAAGUCUCAAUGACUUAUACAAAUGUUCACUUCGAGUUUAAAUGAAUACAUUUUAUAGGCUAGUGUAAGGAAUAUACUAAACAUUUAUAAGGUGACAAAUCCUUGGUUUAACUUAUAUGAGGUAGUGAGGUAGAUAAGUACCUAACAAUCCAUUAGUUAACCUUUUUAUGAAGGUAGUAUAAAAUUAUACUUUAGGAACAUGCUUUAGCUAUUACAUAAUCUAGG